GUUCAGCUGAUUGAUGUCUGGGGUGCUUGGCAGUUGCUUGGUCGUUGCAUGACAAAUUUUGCAGCUAUGCGACACUCUGGAGAAAUGGAGUGGGCCAGUUUUCCGGGCAGCUGCAUUAAAGAAAUUGGGCAAGUAUCAAGAUACCAGUCCAGAAAUACCAAGAUUUUAUCUCAUCUGCACAGUCUUCUAACAUACCUGAUGACACACCUGUCUGAGAUGGUGUGUGCUGCCUUUGACUGCAACAUCAGUCUUUUGCAUCAGACUCAGGAUGCAUUUUUGUGGGUGAGCCGCCUUCUUCAGGUGUUGGUAAACCCAUUGAAAGAACAAGCAGAAGAAGUUUAUUUGUCUCAUUUGGGCCUCCACUGGCAGUGGUGUUGGCAAAAAUUCUUGUCUCAUUUGCUUACACCUGACAGUUCUUUGGAUCUGGUGGCCAUGAUUAAUCAGCUUCAAAGCAUACUUGGAGAUAAAGAUGCUCAGGCAAAGUUUUUUGUCAAAUUUUGGUUGUCUUGGGGACAUCCAUCAGCCUUUGUUUCAGAAACAGAGGCUAGGAUGUGGCAAGAACUGUAUCAUCUGCGUAAUGCGUGCUCUGUCUGUGGACCCAUGCCAUUGGAGGUGCUCAAGCAGAGAAUAAGGGUCCUUACCCUUACUUCACAAGGGAAGACCAUCCCAUAUAAACUGAAAGUCAUAGCCAGCAGACUUAUAGCAGGAGACUUAGAUGUUGCAGCAGACCUCCAGCGACUUGGUGAGGAAUCAAGCAGCAUGGAAAUAAGUACUCUUGCUCCGAGUACACCCAUUGCUCCAUCGUCAGCGUUGAGCACUUCUCACUAUGUGCAGCUGUGGCCAGUCUUCCAGCAUCUUGGAGUGUUGGCAGAGUUGUCUUACUUGCUGGCCUCCUCCCAAAAUGGGAUGCAAAACAUCGAGGAAAGGCAGCAGCUUAUGAAUUACACAUGCCGUGCUACACCUUCAACAAGCUGUUUUGCAGUUUUCGGUGAACAGAUCCUGAGCCCAGGACAGCAGAUGAUGUGGUUGCAUGAAGUGCUGCAGGAGCUAUGGUGUAGUUCGUCUGUCUCUCGGUGCAGGGUCUGGCUCACAUGGGGAAGUGGAAAAGAAGAGCUGAUAACUCCAGGAAGUGACAUGGAGGGACCAAGUGUUCUUCACAGAAGCCCAUUGCUUUUUUACAUCGCUAACCUCCUGGCCUCCAUUGAUCUUGUCAGUCAGAGUGACCGGACUUCCUAUGACCUUUUGCCUCUGAAUGUGACCUUAGGCAGAGUGGAGGACCAGCUGGCCCAGAUUGAUGCUCUGGCACGGCAUUUGUGGAAGCAUGUUGAUGUUCUGGGCAGCAGAAAGCUGUCAAUCAGGUCUCUGGAGCAGUCACUGUUGAUACAGUCCUUUUUAUCUCUGUUGUCUUCACUGACCUUUGCCCUGGACACCUCUGCCGAGGAAAAAUGGUCUGAGCUUGUGUCUAAACUGAAGAACACUUCUAAACUCUGUGACCCGACUAGUCAAGACAUCCACUGCACCGUGCUUACAGCCUGGCGCGACAACUGUGAAGCGGUGAAAGACCUGCUGGUCCAGGUGCAUAGUUGCCUCAACACACAUGGGACUAGUCUUGGAGAGGUCAAGGACAGGAGUGGCCAGUCAGUGCUGAGCCUUCUAGGUGAAUGUUUCAAUGUGAUGAUGGAGGCUGUGAGCUGCGAGGAGAAGGAUCUGGUCAUCAUUGUUGGGAAAGGGCUUGUAUAUACUGCCUCUGUCUUGCUGCACCUUCUGGAACCAUGUGGGCAUGUUGACCCUGUGGAAAAGGCUGCGAUUAAGCUGUGUCAUUUCAGAAAAGAGAUGGCCGAGAUUGACACAGAAGUGCGUGUGUGGGACAUGCACUUUAAACUACACACAGGUUUAGGUAUCCAAGACACCCAUCCCUCAAUAUAUCCAUCCAGAUUGGCAUUCCUGCUCCAUCGCAAGUUGAACUUGCAAGCAGCUAUUGUCACACUUGAAGAAAGGCAAGCCUACAGGGAAAAUAGCAUUCAGUUCUUAAAAAUGAGCCAGGAGGUAUCCACAUUUCUUAGCAGUGUUGGCUCACCCAAAGCUGUGAGUUCACUUGUCACCCGACUGGCUUCAGCAAGCAGCGCUGUUUGUCCCAACUCUGGCACAGUAGCAACAGGUUUGAAGAUCAUUUUGCAAGAAGAACAGACAUGGCAGGCCAUGGCACAGCAAUUCUGUCUGCAGUUGGAGAGUGACUUUCCAUGCUUGAGGGACAUGACAGUUCCAGUGUGUGUGGUGGUGCAGCAGGUGCGACUUGGGAUGAGAGCACUGGCCCAAGAUGUCCAGCACAAAGUGAAGAAAUUACAGACUGGCUGCUGGCAUGAAGAUGGCAUAUUGGAGGAAAGCAUCUCAACCAUCUGUAGGUUUCCAUUUAUCUGCUCUUCCAGUCCUUCACUGCUGGAGGUGGCUGCUCGACUGUGUUUGCCUACCACUACAUCCACUAUCUCUAGUCUUGUGACAGCUGGUGGUGGUGGUCCAGAAAACACACUGAUCUUACAUUCCAGACUUCUUAUGUGUUCAUUGCUGCUGGUCAAAGCACAUGCCCUCUAUACCUGCCAGCUGACCUCUGAUCUCUUGGAGACCUUGUCCUGUGUUUUAUCACGGUUCGUGUCAGCAUGGCAAGAACAAGAGGAGAAGCGUCGUAGGAAAGAAGAAGAAGAAGCAGCAUUGUUCCACAUCAAAGAGAAGGUACAUGGCGACGAGAGGACAACAGCCGAACAAGAAGAGGCCGUCUUUCGAGCUGCAUUCCCCACAUACCAUGAGGAUUUUGAGGACAUGAUUGAAGCCACUAGGCUGGAGGAUACUGGCAAGAGGAGAGAACAACCCAUGGAUGAGGACGAAAAGAAAAUGGAAUUCGCUCUUGCUAUAUCUGAACAUGAGAUGUAUGAGCUGUGCCAAAGUCAUGUACAGAUGAUGCUUGCUCUGACCUCUUGUGCAUGGAAGUCACAAAAAACCACAACAAAUGUUGAUGUUGAUUCCUGGGACAUUUUAAGGCCAAUGCUGAUGAUGUACCAGAUGACGUCUGAUAUUGUCAAAGCAUCAUGGGAAGUUUUAGAUGAUAUAGACAGGCACACAAUAGGAUCUCACCUGCUUGUUUGUGGUGCUGUGAUACAAUCCAUGCACCUGAGUCAGGGGGCUGAUCCUUCACAGGUAUCAGGUCUCUGCCUUCCAAAGUCAAAGUGCUAUAACUUCUACAUUGAUCCAAACAUCCCAGAGGUUAUCCAGUGCAGACCUGUCUUGCAGCUUGUACUUGCCAGAGUGACUGAACUGCAACAAGAAUGGCCAGACCAUCCAACGCUAAAGCAGCUUUGUGAUGUAGUUGAGAGGGUGAAAUCAUUUCCAGUGACAGCGCCAGUCAGCAAGUUUUUGACUGGUCUGGAGCUCUUACUGCAGAAAGCCCAAUUCUGGGAAAGCAAUGCUUCGACCAAGGUUUCCAUGGCAAAUCAACUGUCAGAGGUUACUGCCAUCAUUGUACGUUGGAGAAAAUUAGAGCUUAGUUGCUGGAGUGGAGCAUUGGAUGUGGAGGUAGAAAAAACCGAAAGAAAGCCAGUCGCUGGUGGUUUCAUCUUUACAGUCUUGUAUCUGCUUACUUGGAAGAAACUAGCAAGGACAAAUUAGAAAUGGAAGAGCUGGUAAAAUCACUCAAACAGUAUCUAGAGAGCUCCAGCAUGGGGGAGUACUCUGCUCGCCUGGAUAUUCUAAUGGCAUUUCAUUGUCACCUUCUCAACACAGAGUCUUCAGAGAAACGAG